GCGGCGUUCGGUGCUGAAGUGGGGCGGAUGGCAGAAAAACAGCGGCGAUGGACAUAACACCGCAGGAUUCCCAUUUACGAUGUCGUUAAUUAAGCAUCGGGACAUCGCUUUUUCACACCUAUCACCCUAGGACACUGACAGCCCAACAUAAAGGGAUGCUGUACUUUAACUGCUCCCUGCACUCUCAAGUCCAUAAAUGAUCCAAGGAAGCCGAGGAGGCGACGGCGAGAGAAACAAAAGGAGUGAGCGAGUGAAAUAAGGAGACAAGGAGAGGAAGUAGUUACUCUUCACCUCGGCUCUCGUGUCCCUUUCCGUGCCAGUCGGUCAGGGAUGGUGAGACCAGUAACUUCUCUUCUCUGUGGUGAAAAGAACCUCCUUGCCUUGCCUCCAUCAAGCCAAACAGUCAGUCCAUUAGCCAAACAGACGCUCAGACAGUCCACAAGUCAGUCACUCUGUCAACCAGCCUGCUAUCGUCCAGCAACCUAUUACCUCAUGCCAUGACUGCUCUGUCUGACCUGUUUUUAGGAACUCAUUAAUUCAUGCCCCGGAGUGUGAGUGGAGUGGAGAUGAGAAAAAGGCAGGCGGCACACAUCGAGGCCCCACCCCAGGCCCCUGGACAGCCCCGACCCAACACCUGCUGCCUCUGCUGGUGCGGCUGCUGCAAGUGUCUCUGGAACGAAGACAGGAUGGAGAGGAGUGAACGGCAGACCUGCACCAAGAUGGACAGUAUUGAAACUGCAGAAGAACAACACCCCAGUCUGGAUGAGGUGCUGUCGUGGGCACGGAGCUUUGAGAUGAUGCUGCGCUCGCUGGAGGGCCGGGAGAUCUUCCGCGAGUUCCUGCGCUCCGAGUACAGCGAGGACAACCUGCUUUUCUGGCUGGCAUGUGAAGAGCUGAAGAAGGAGACGAACCCCUCCGUGGUGGAUGAAAAGGCCAGGAUUAUAUACGAAGACUACGUGUCCAUAUUGUCACCCAAAGAGGUGAGUCUGGACUCACGGGUCAGAGAAGGAAUAAACCAGAACCUGGCCGAGCCCAGCAACCUGAUGUACGAGGAGGCCCAGCUCCAGAUCUACACCCUGAUGCACCGCGACUCCUUCCCCCGUUUCCUCAACUCCUCCGUUUACAGAGACCUCCUGGCCAACAGGAGGCGCACCUGCCUCGACACCUAGACCCGUCCACCCUCCCUCAUUGCCAUCGUACACCAACGAGACUACUACUUAAACUUCAAAUACUACUAUGGUGCCAGAAGUCGGGUUUGGAAAAUCUCUCCCUCUUUUUUGAUUGAAAAGACUGAAUGACAUCCAAGAUAGCUGGUUGUUUUUUUAUUUAUAUUUUUUAAGCAAUUUAUAACUCCACUGGAGCCAGGUCGGCCUUUGCUGGUUGGUUAUUGGUCAAUUUAAGACCAUUAAUGCUGGCCAGUGAUUGUUUUGCUAGCAAUUUGUGCUGUUUGUUGCGGUUGACUGGCCAACCCACGUGUCAGCUGUUGGUUGAGACAGCCAAUCAGAUGGCCAGCUGUUGGUUACCUGUGGACAAGGACUCCUCAGGCAGUGGGAACAGAAAGAGAGAGAUAGAUAAAGAGAGAGACUAAAAGGACAAGCCAACUGUUCCUGUACUGUAAUAUUUAGACGUCAUGCUUUCUACCCUCACUUUAAUGUUCUCUCUCUUUACUCAUUCUCUCACAUAUUAUUUUGUAAAUCUAACUCUGUCCCAUUCCUCAGAUGUGUUUAAUUUGUUUUUCAUUUCUCUACUGUCCAAACAUGACACCUAGUUGUUGGUGGGAGUUGGGGCGUUUCUGCCCAUUUAACCAGUAGAAGCACUGGCUAUGCAUGUAACUCUCUCUCUCUACAGUAGCUUGACGAUGUAAGCCGCGGACUGCAACCGUUUUUUGAAUAUUGAGAUGUGUUAAGACAGGGGACCUGUCUCUCUGUCUGGCUGUCUAUGUUCAGUGAAGGGAAAAAGUACACUUCUGCCAAUUUUAAGCUUACUGCAGUUUUUUUAUUGAGGAGAUUUGAUGGCUUCUGCAGCAAAGGCAGCAGCAGCAGCAGCAGCAGCACCUACCCAUCCAUCCAUCCAUCCAUCCAUCCAUCCACCUGUCCAUCCGUCCGUCCAAGCACUUUCCUUUAGGAUUCUUUAACCGGGAGAAGUAAGGGCUAGAAUUGUGGUUGGGCAGCUACAUGUAUUAUUAUUAUUAUUACUCAUGAACUUCAGACAAAAAAAUCUCUCCUGAGAAAAAUCACAAUGCCUUUACAUGUAAGAAAAGGCAGCACAAGCGCUGCUGGAGUUUUUCUGGAAAGCAACCACAGUUUGUCCAACGAUCCCUACCUCCCUACCCUCCCUUUCUUUCCCCUCCCCCUUCCUCCCUCCUUAUCCUCCCUCCAACUCCGACCAUCACAGCCUGACAAGCACAGGUGCCCAAUGUGGGGGAAAAAAAAAAACACACCACUGGAGAAAAAAACAACUGAAAAAAAAAAACUACAUUGACUCCAAAUAGUCAUCUACAUUUUGAAAUUCUUGAGCAGAAAAAGAGGGUUUACUUUGUAGUGUUUCACCAUGAAUUGAGCAUUAUGGAAAGCUGGUUCUGCUCGGAGAACAUAAGCAGAGGCAGCAGGCACUGAUGUAACUGAAAGGGUUAUUGAGCCCUGGCCUUUGUCUGUAAGGCUUUCACUUUAGAAGCUACAGUGUGUGAGUUGGACGUCCAGUAUCUCGCUGCAGAUACGUGAACCAGGUGCCAAAAUUGAUGUCAGAGAUGCUGUGAAGAGAUAUUAGAUGUGACUUGUCACCAGGUUGUAGAGUCUCGGUCUUUCCGGUGCAUGUCUGUUUCUCCAGCAGAUGAAGUUGGGAGAGUGUGUGGUUGUCCUUCAGUCAGCUGCUGCCCAUUUAAGACACCGAUUUCCCUUUUCUUUUUUACCAGAGCUAGUGAAAAGGGUUGGUAUAAUAAUGCUAACAUGCUAGCCUAAGUUUCAGCAUGCUGAAGGCAAGCAAUUAGCAUGCUUGUGCUAGCCAUGCUAAUCAUCCAUCCCACUGCCAGCCCUCAAGCACUCUGGUUUGUUUUUCUAAUCUGACUUUGACAGCAUGCGAUGAUAAUGGUCAUGUGUGUGUAUGGUACAGUUACACACUUAACAAAAAAAAAUUUGAAAAAAAGACUUUAAGGGGAUCUUGCCAAAUGUCCCAUUAACAUUUUUAUUAUAUAAAAGAACAUUUUGUUUUUUAAUAAUGUGAACAUUUGAACAUGAAUUUGUUCCUGGCCUGUGGACGUGCAGUAGAAAGUGCAUGAGUGCAGUAUAUGCUAUUUUUUUAAUCAACCGGGCCUCCAGGUGUGUUCAUCAUGUCACAUGGUGGAUAGCUCAAGUCUUGGUUCGGUGGUUAGUGCAGUCUUAAAGUGUCAAUGAAACAGUGCCACUCCUCACUGAUAAAUGUAGGCAUCCAUGUUGCCACCUCCUUUAACUACCUGAAGUUCACGUGCCAAGUUUGGUUUAGAUUCAAUUUAAGAGUAGACAACGCAGGAUGUCUAGAAGACUAUUGAAGUGCAAUUGGAUGUAGUUAGUGAUAAUAGAUUGGAGUCUAUUUGAAGCUGUGUCCCACUAUGUUAGAUUGGUUUUGAAUUGUCAGAAGGUUAUCUAAUAAAUUACUUAUCAUGACACCUUUCAGGAUACUCCAAAUGUUUUAAUGGAACCACCUCCCUCUAGUUCACAUUUGCAAUUUUUACCGGAGGAAUUUAUCUUUAAAAAACAAAGAAAUGCAGGUCCUUUUUCCAGGGCAUAGAGCCCAUGGAAUCAUGGGAGUCUGAGUUUUCCUCCAGACCUAUUUUGUCUUGCAGUAACUAGAUGAACCUGCCAGUUCAAAACCAAGCUAACAUAUUUUCACAAACAUUUUCUGUCGUGAAUUAUUGGUUUUAAAUCAGUAAAAUUGACACUGUAAAGUCAAGAAGGCAAGUCUGAACCGAUAAGUUUUGCAAUGUUCCUUAUUGAAAAUAUACUAUAUUUAACCGUUGGCAAUACAGUACUCACAUGCAGACUACAUUAAUAUCCAUAAGGGCUUGAUUGAUACUGCUUAGCUGCUUUAAUGAAGAGCUGUGCAUGCAUGCGCCCAGUUGAUCAGAAGCAGAGGAAUACAGAGUUAAUAACUAAUUCUGAUACUAAAGGAUCAAUUUUCACACUUACUCCUCAGAGCAAGUUUUCAUCUACAGGAAACAUAAGCAUUUUAGAUGUUUGUAUUUAGACAACUCUGUAACUUUUCUCUAUCAGUAGAAGAAUGCCUGUCACUCAUGAAGCUCUCUUGCAGACAAAUCCCUCUUCUGCACAGUACAGCUAUGUCUCCUUGUUGCUGAGUCUAUACAGUAAUUAACACGAGAAUGUUUCACCAAGAACCAGAUAAUGAAAUUAUGGUGCAAUUAAACCAAGUUUACAUUUAUAAAUUGUGAGAUGUGUGUACCUUAUUAAAUACUCGGAACAAUGGGGAGCCGAGCGUCCCCAGUGUGAGCAGAGACGCCAGCAGGUUUAAGGCUGGCGCCGGUCUCUGCCCAGUGCUCACGGACAGUCAUGAGUUAAAAACUGGGAGCGUUUUACAGGGAGGACAGGCACAGCAGAAGCCCAGGUUUUCUGCUUACGUCCUUUUCUCUUAAUUUAUUGUGACUUUUACACAGUGGGGAAAAGUACACGGUUGUUUAUUUUUAAUAACUGCAUUUCAAAUGUGGAUUUUACAAGCAAUGAUGAUGAUGUGAAGUGAUGAAGUGUCAUCGCUGAGUUUAGAUUUUUUCGUCUUUACAUUUCCAUGGGUUCCAAGUGAGUGGGUUUUUGAAACGUGGCUGUGGUUUUGUUGACUUAAAAAAAAAAACAAAAAAAAAAGAGGUUGAGAGCUGAAGUGUCCUGAUUGGAUGGAGGAGGUUUGCGAAGCUUUGGCCUUACUGACACGUUUUAUUUUUUUUCCUUUGUAUAAAAAAAAAAAACAACAACAAACGUCUCUGUAGGCUUUUCACUACCUCUCAUGUUGGUUAAUUUAUUUCACAUCUAGUUGUCAAUGUACAAGUUGUUUUUAGAUCUACUUGAAGCCUAACACUGUAAACAAAAAUGUGCACAGAAAAAUGACUAUGUAUAUGACCAGAGGGGUUAAAGAAAGCUUGGCCUAGUCAACAUUUUUUUUUUUGUUUGUAUGUAUGUUUGUUUUUAAUUGUGUUGAGCUGAACUAGAUUUUGCAUCUCUAUAAAGAAUUCAGGAAUCCACUGUCUAAGGGCUAAUCCCAUUUUUGCCUAUGCAAAUCUGUUACUGUGGGUGAGAUGGGAAAGGGGCGAGCAACCGCACCUUUCACCUGUUUUAGAUAGACCAUGGUUUACAUUGCCCUUUGCUGAUAUUCUUCAAUCUUAUUCAGCAAAAAUGUACGCUUAUUUUUGUUUCUAUAUAAAUAUUAUAUAUAUAAAUAUAUAUAAAACAAGUAAUAUACAGAGAAAAUAGUAUAUGCCUUCGUGAUGAUAAAAAAGAAACCUUGCUGAAAACAAAUAAAUGUGUUGUUGUCUGACAUUAUGUGGCUGUGUGCUGGAGUCUUGGUAAGAUGAUAUAGACGACUGGAAUUCAACUGACAGUUAAAGCGACUGACUGACUGACUGUCAGGAAAAACUCUCAUUACUCAGGCUACAACUCUAGUAGCUGACCCUGUGCAGUAUUUCCUAACUGAGGGGGAGGAGAAAAAAACUUUAUUUAUUGAAGGAGCAACCACAUCAUGACUUUGUGUGAUAAAUAUUGUUACCCAGCCCCCAGCCUGUGAGCUCAAUUAUGUGUUUGGGUCACCCAGGACUUGUUCUUGUCAUUUUUCCACUGUAAUAUUUGGUCAUUUUAAAAGCAAGACUAUGUAACUUUUGCUAAACAAAGGCCACUGUUGCCACAGAUGACAGUUAUGGGAGAAGGCAAAUGAUAAAAUAUUGUGUAAAAGUAGCACGAGUAGAGAAAAGUCAAAUCAUAAAGCGGUCACAUCGGACCGAGUGAGGCUACAACAACAAAACCAUUGAGAGUAUUGAAUUGAGCACAGGUACGUUUUACUGACUAUGAAUUCAGCUAUUCAUUUGCAAGAGUCGCACUGUUUUAUUUCUUCAUGCAAAAGUUACAUAGUCUCACUUUGAAGGGCUGAGUCAGAGCAAACCUGGAAACAAGCUGAGUCAUUAAUGGUAUCUGCCUUUGAGAUGUGCACUGUCCAUACACAAGUCACAUUUUAUAACCAGUAAUUCAUGAAUAAAAUUGAAGAAAAAAAAAAUGCCACUUGCCAUGAAAUAAUUAACAUUUUUAUCGUGAUGAUUUUUCUGUUGUUUGUCAGUGGACACUGCACAGCUGUUGUGAAUUUUGUAACCGGAUGAGUGCAGCACCAUGUCGUCAGCAAACAGCAGCAACUUAUUUUUCUAUUCUUCAACUUCCUGUUCUUUUUGUAGCCACAUCCAGUCAGACUAUCACUGUGUGAAUACAGUAGCGUUGAUGUGGAGCACAUCAGCAGAAGUGGGCUUUUCUUUUCUUUUCUUUUUUUUAAAAUAUUCCACUAAUGCAAAAUAUAAGAAAAGUUAAUAAUAUAAGUUACUUACAAGACCAUUCACUCAGCUCUUUCGAGCCCCUUUCAGCUUUGAGUUGAAGUUUGAUCUAGAGCUAAUGAUGUUUUUAUUUUUUGUUUUUUAUAUUUCUUUACUUGUACAGUAAAUUUAGCUCCUGAACCGAGAGUUGAUGUUGUAUAGAUUUUUCCCACAAUUCCUCACAGUGCAUCGUGGCUUAAGGGAAAGACAGGUUUUUCGACUGAUGUUGGUUUGAAACUCGACCUGCUUUGUGUGUUCCCUCCGUUUGGAUUUGGUGCCUCUUUAUGCUUCACAACAGACCUCAAGCUCUCUUUCCGUCUCGCUGUCUGUCUCACUUUCUCUCGGGCUCUCACUUCCUCUCUCUGUAACAUCACACAUGCAACACUGUUAAUAGCAGUCAGAGCAGAGAUGGCCCUGUUUCACAGCAAAAAAAAACACACUGCUCCUCCUACGAUGAAUACCGACACCCUCAUGUCGUCUCUUUCAAACCUCUUCCAGAGGUGUUUGUGCUACUUUGGGAAAGAGAUUAUGUUUGUGCGGGUACUGGUUGAAGUUGGUUUUUAACCGUUUUAGGCAAUCACUUUUCUCUUUAUUGAUUUAGAUGCCUAAGCCUCUUGGUUUUUGUCAUGCCUGUGUAGAUAGAUCACAGUCGUCGAGAGAUGAUCUGCAGGUGAAAAUAAAAAGAAUUUGACUGUCACUUUAGGCGACUAAAAAAGUGACAUUUUUUCUAUUCAGCAUGCUUUUUGCUAAAUAAAUGAAAUAAUUCAGUUAUUUGCUAUAAACGAUACUGUAUGAGUAUGUAUUCAAGUACUGCAGUAUGCAGACAAUUAAAAAUAUCAGAAACUCUUUUGAGAGGUUCAUAUUUUUCUUCUAGUAUGUUUCACUAAUAUUGAAAGUUAUGGGUACUUAAUUCUUGUUUUGAGUGUCUCAUGAAUUACCAGAAUGACUAAAGGACCCUCUUUGUAUUAACAAAUAUAGACUAUGGUUGGUUAUUUCCACAUGCAUGACUCACAGAGCAACUUUACCAGGACAGUGCUAGGUGCAGCGGGCUUUUGAAUCAAGAAGUCAAGCUCAACUUUUCACUAUUUUUCACUGGCUGCUUGACAACUUUUGAUGAUGACUGAGAUCCUGACUGUUUUAUUUACAUCAAGGCAGGUGAAAUUUUAUCCUCAACAAGGUAGCGUGGAGUGAAAUUUAUUUCUCCUUCAGAGCCUCAUCUUGAAAUACGAAGCAGUUGUGACUUCUGGUUUUCAGAUUUAAAUUGAACAUCUCGGAGCACUGUGUCCCUAACCUCCAAUGUCGUGCUGCCCAAGGAUCUGAUUGCUUUUCAUCAUGACUUUGAAUUAUAUCAAAGGAAACUGAUCAUCAAUCCUUGAUCAGCAUCGCUGUCGCCCUGAGAUGCAGUAAUCCAAUAACUGUAGCAUUGAAAAGACUUUUCUAUCUUAUUAGUCCAACCUUGAUGAAACACCAUCCUCUGCUGUAGAAUAGCACAGGCAGGACUCAUCUCAUCCAGCCUCGUCUUACAGGGCUGUAAAUCUGUACUUCAACACAGAUCUGGUACUGCAGGUAACAGCACUGAGCAUUAGAGAAUAUGUGCAUUGUGAGAGACAUUUAACUAUGUUGGUAUUGGCGAUUCUCUGCAUGAUAGUACAAUACAGAUGUGACUUGAGUUUUUCACUGAGGACAGUAGAAUCAAGAUUUAAGAAAUAUUUACACCCAAGUCUAGUGGAAAAAAUGUGGACUCGUCUUGGUUCAUAAAUUUACACUAGUUGUGUGAAACUGUAGUUAAACUGUGAUGAGUGUGGAGAAAAAGUUUUUUGGGAAACGUUCGAUACCACUCACUUACAUGUACGUGACCAAUGAAGCUAGAACCAGCAGCUGGUUAUCUUAGAUUAGAUAGGACUAGCUCGCUAAGUCUAACUGCUAUCCUGGCACAGUCCACAUAUAAAAGGUCACCAAUUGUUUCUCUUUUUUUUUUUAAACCAAGUGUAAAAAUAAAAAUGUAUGGUUUUGUGGGGGAUAAUGUGUCAGACAAUUCCACGGCGACUAAAGAGCUAGUUUGGCUAAGCUAAGCUAACUGUCUGCCUGCUCCAGCUUCAUAAUUAUCAUACAGACUGCAGCAGGUAAAGCGACUAAAUGUAGUUGAAAAAAGUAAUAAUUGAGCCAUGUAAAAUCUGAAUACACAGAAGGAAAAACCAGGUUGAAUUUGUCUGACACAGUGGUCAAUGUAACUGUCCCAGUAAUGCUUCUUUGGUGGAUAAUGUGCCAAAAUUAUAAUCUACCUUUUGUUUCAAUGUAAAGGGGUCAAAGGAGUUGUUGGAAUAUAAAAUCACAUAUUCCAUUGGACUCAAAAUGUUCCUUACGAAACGCAUUUUAUUUGUAUUCUCGCGUUGCUGUUGUAGGUUUGUGUCAUUUCUCUGAAUCAUCCGCAUAUAAUCUACUUCAUCGUCAUGUAACCAACACACCUGAAGACUUUGUAAACAGACACUGAACAUUUUGGAGUGUGACUGAUGUGGACUACGAGCAACCAUAUCAGAUCCAUCUGAAAUUGUAACUGUGUAACAAAAGAAGCUGUUCACUAGUUUUCAAUUUGUUUUGUACUGUUUUAAUUUAUUUUAACAGGAAGUUUAUUUCAGUCAGUUUUUUUUUUUUUAAAUCUCAAAAGACAAAAAAAUUGUUGUUCAUCAGCCUUUAACUCCAUAUGAAUUACCAUCACGUUAACAGCGUGUUCAGUUGUGGUACAUUUUGAUCUACGGUUCAGUCUCUGUCUCUGUUUACACAAUGACAUCUUGUAUUAAGAGAAGACUCCAAUGGUAACUGCCCUUGAAUAUCUGUAAUUUAAAUAGUGCUGCUAGAGAAAGAAAUCUAAAUGUAACAACUUACAAUAAAUACUUAAUAGAUUUUUGCCAAA